UCCUUCGUAUCGUUGACACGUCGAGCGGAAAGAGAGUGCGGCGACAGAUAGAGAAAUCGAGAGGAGAGAAAGAGAGAGGGAGAAACGAUCGCGCGGUCUCGCGCUCGCUCAAUCGGCAAUUCGCAGUCGUUAAUUGCCGACGCGUAAAUAAUCAUUCUAUUGUCCGAUUACGUUAUAUUUGUUCGUGGAGAACUUCCGGCUCCGCGACGUCUCGCGAACGCGGUGUCAGUGUCGCGUUGACUCUCGUCGAUGAUCCAUCGGUGAUCGACGACGCGUAGAUCGUCCGCGUGGUGAACGUUAUCCGCGAGUUAGUGAAUUGGUGAAUUGUCUCUCGUGUGUCUGGUAAUCGCCGCAAGGACGAUGCUGACGUUCCUGUUCGCCGCGGUGUUCGUCGUCGCGACGCCGAGAAUCCACGCCAGUCAUGUGACUAUGGACGCUAAAAUACGCGACGACUCCAAUCUCUCUCAGUUUUAUCAGCUCCUGGAAGCAAGUCAAGUGGCCAAUACGACUCUCACAUAUCGCCACGUGACUGUGUUUGCGCCGACUAAUCGAGCAUUCCAGGAAUACAACGGAAGCAUAAAGAAUCUGGUUCUGUAUCAUAUGUCGAACCGGCCUCUAACGAUUGAAGAGCUGAGGGACUCGAUAUCCUCCGAACUGGAGGGCAAUCCACCCCUAUGGAUCACUAGAACACCUGGAAAGUACACCACAGACGUGUACAUUAAUAACGCAAAGAUUCUCUUGGAGCAGAGCAACUUUCAAUCCAAACUGAAAGUCAACGGUGACACCAUGAUUCAGGUCCUGCAUAUUAUAAACGAAGUGCUGGAGCCGGUGCGCUCCAAUUCGGCAGAGACGCCGAUUUACAAUCCAAAUGCGUUUCAAUUCCUGAACCAGAGCGAAAAUCUCAAUUUGGGCGAUCAUCGCGUACGUACUUUCCGACAGCGGAUCGUCAUCGAAAAGAAGGAGUCUGUCUUCAGAGCGGAGGGUCGUUUUACUUUCUUCAUCCCCGUUGACGAGGGUUUCAAGCCAAUACCAAGGCCGCAGAAAAUUGAUAAGCAGGUGAUCGACGGGCACGUUGUACCCAACGAAGUCCUAUUUACUGCACCGACGCCUGAAAAUACGGAGUACAAAACUCUUGUAUUUUCCGACAAUCUGAAAGUCAUUGUCAGUUUCCUGAAGGUGCAUAAUAAAGUCUAUGUCCAAUCGAACACGUUAGUGGGCGAUUCGAAUCACCCAAACGGAGCGGUACUGGCAGAGAUAGUGAAGGGGAACAUCCCGGUGCGCAACGGUGUCGUUCAUCUGAUACAACGACCGCUUAUGGUGGUCGACACUACUGUGAAGGAUUUUCUCGAGGAAAAGGAGGAUGGACCGGUGUACAAGUUUUACGAAAUCAUUCGCGAUUUCGGGGAUGACACCAUGAACACCAUUAACUAUCUGCGAGAGGUUACCCUCUUUGCUCCUAGCAAUGAGGCACUGGAGGAACCGGGCGUGAAGCAGAUGUUGCAGGACAAGAAACGCAUCAGAGAAAUCCUCAAGUUGCACUACGUCAAGCAGAAACUUACCCUCGACAAUAUUAAGAAUAAAAGCGUCAGCCAAAUACCAUUAAGCGGGAAAUCAAACCUGGGGGUAGCGACCGCCGCCGACAGGAAGAAGCUCUACUUCAACGUGGUGCAAGGCCCGAGGGGAAACCAGACCGUCACCGUGGAAGGGGGCGGCGUAAACGCUACCAUCAUUACCGCCAACAUCGCCGCCACCAACGGGAUUAUUCACAUAAUCGACAGAUUGCUCGGGGUCCCCUACACCACCGUAUUCGACAAACUCAGGACCGACCCGAUGCUCAACUCGACGUACUUUCUGGGCCAGCGACACAACUUCAAUGAUCAGCUGAACGACACGACGAAGCGAUUCACGUACUUUGCCCCGCACGAUGAUGCUUGGGUCCGCGCGGCGAUCAACUUUCCGUCAACCGUCAAGAAACUCUUCAUGCCCGAAUUUAGUUAUUACACGAAGCAGAUCUUGGAGCGGCACCUCGUAAUAGCGGACCAAGCGUAUACGAUGGCGAAGUUGAGAGAGAUGAGCAACGACACCAUCAAGCUUUCAACGGUCAGGGACACUCUGAAGAUUCGCAUUAAGGAGUACGGCGAAAAUGAGAAGUACGACGAAAACGCAAUCCGUCCAGAAGUAAUCGGCUACCAGUUGGAGUGGCAGGGUAACAAGAAGAUUCGCGUCGUGCGUCCAGACGUCGAGUGCACCAACGGGAUAAUCCACGUGAUCGACACCGUCCUUUUCAAGGAUAGCGACGUGCACGUAACGGGCGGAGCGUCGCUGGCCACUCUCGCGCCUCUCUUAAUCAUGAUAUUGAUAGCCAAAUGGCAGUUGUAAGCAACCUGAUCGCAUCGUCUCGCAUCUAUGCAGGUGCGUCUAUUAGGAAUUUCCUUGGGGCCGUCUACGAUCGUUCUCGCGCGAGGAGCGGCGCCGGCGACGACGCAACGCGAGAAGACGCUCGGUCGAUCGUCCUGACGUUGGAUUCUUACGGACGCUCGUUACAGAGUGGACUAGGAAG